CAUGCGUGUGUGUGUGUGUGUGUGUGUCUUGGAGUACGUCCUUGGUGGACGACACCACCUCGCCGGUCAUGUUUGGUUCUCUGGGUGUGGCCAAUAACCACCCAUCCCCAAACGGUCACUGGUGUGAGGCUAAGCCUGGAGUGUUCCAUGACCUUGCCUCUGUUACCAUGCUAUUACCCAUCCGAAUACUUUUUGACGCUCAACUCACGAGGGUUAAUUCCAAGAGACCCCGCGCGCCACCGACCGACAUGAACUAGCGGACGACGCUCCCCCCCUUCCCCCAUGGCCGUUUGUGUGUGUAGCCGUUGCGUGGACUGGCACGCAAAGCCGUUGGUCUCUCGUAAGUCUCAGUUUUCUUCUUUGCGGGCGUGUUUUCUCCCGUCUCCCAUACGUCAAGUGUGGCAAGUUCAAACAUGCUGUUCUCUGAAUAGUGAAGGGGAGGGGAGGGCCGAGGGGCGCCUCUCCUCCAUCCCCCCCCCCUUGCUUCAGUACCACGUUGAGAUGCAGACAACGAGCGUUCCAGUUGCAAGACCGGAGCACCGACGCCACCAGAAAGAACACCAUCUUCACCGGUCGACAACGGUAUGCUUUCGAAGCUUCGGCCGUCUCGACGACCCAAUCUGACGUGGCGCCUUGUGUCAACCAUUCCGCCCCUUGGCCCUCCGCCUGCAUCCUGUCCCAAACGAGAGGGACGCAUCCGUGACAGGAUGCACGAGUGUGCAGAUUCUCGACCAUCACCACCACCACCACCCAUCGUUCCAUCGUCCGAGUAAGGGAUGGGUAGGCGUUACUGGCACCCUCGCGCGCCACCUGUCGGCCAGCCAGCCAGCCUGGUGAGUGCGACCCCUCCGUUCGAUUUCCCUGUGCAGGACAUCAUCGACCAGUCAGUCGACGCCAAUCCCACUCCAUCUAGCCCCGAAUUGAUGGGUCGCUCAACUCACAUUCUCCUCCUUCUCGCCGCCCAGCUUGCGGGAUUUGGAAGCUCCAUCUCAGCUCAGCUAGGAGAAUAUCCCUCCCAGCGCAAUCAGCCGCCGCUUGGUUCCUGUCCACACACCCGUCAGGUCCCCCUUCCCAAUUGCGGUCGUGGAGGUUUGUCCUGCAUCUGACCGGGCUGACCGGACACACCGCGAGCAGGAUCCACAAGGGGACUGACUGGCUGAUGGCAUUGCCGUCUUUUCUGACGGGGCAAGGCCCCUUGCUCCCGGCUUGUCAGCGAACCAGCCUCACCACCGGGUAUCUCACCCGUGGGUUCGUUGCCUCAUGGUCGAUAUGGUCGAUUAGGCGGCGAAAAUCACCGAGCCAGCCAGGUGAACUGGUCCAGCCCUGGCGAAGGGGGCAGUCAUCACCGGUCAGCGGGCCAAUAGGAGGGGUCAUCUCGGUCUGGCUGGCGAUCAUUUCGGCAUUUCUCUUCCAUUUUUUGUUUUUUUGUCGUUCCUUCGUUUCCCAUCGAAUCUACCAGCCUGCCAGGGGACCGUAUCUCAGGGACGCUAUCCUCCAGCUGGAAACACACAGGCAAGAAUGUCCGGGGUUGCGAAGCACGAUAACACGACACAUGGAACGACGAGCGGCCGCCGCCUGGUCGAAGAGGGACCAAACUGGCUGGCGGAGCCCACGAAACGCCCGAUCCUUUCUACGCAUGUGUUUAAUUAUCCGCCAUGGACACCGUUCAAACAGAGAACGUGUCAGCAAGGAAUGAUUGAGGAUGUCAGCCAACCUACCGGGUUCCCGUCCUUGCUCUAUCCGCAUCUCUCCUGUCAAGGCCAGACCUGCGCGCGCGCGCGCGCGCGCGAAUGUCGAGGUCCAAUCGAUGACCCGCCCAUCUCCCGAACCGCUGAGGCCUAGAACAUGGGGCCUUUCCAACCGGCCCACUGUCCAAUUUUUUUUCCUUUUUUUUUUCUUACCUAGGGUAUUUGUGCAGAAAGUGCUAAGGAGUGAAAUCCCGCACUGAUCAAGUGAAAAGUCCCCCUUAAUCCCACCCGUGGCGGAUAUUAAACUUGCUUCGGCUGCUGAUCAUGUCCGAAUGGGCUGAUACGGCUCUGAAUUUUCGGU